GCCAAGCAACCCAUUCCCCGCACGUUUUCCCCCCGCCCUACGGCCAGCAUAGCUAAGGCUCUGCCACGGGAAAUUCCGCCACCACAGCGCACGCCUCCCCGCCCCGCCACUCCACGCCACCCUUUGGUGCCUUCCUUCGCCGGUAUAUAAACCAGCACGCGACCCCGACGCCGAGCACAAGCAACGUAACACCUCUGCAUCGAGCUUCCCGCGCGCGCCCACGCUCUCGAUCGUUGCCGCCGUGGCCUGCUCGGGACGUACGUACGUGCCAUCCGUCGUAUUUUAUUUUUGCAGCAAUGCGCAUGGCGCCGGCGGCGGCAGGAAGAGCCCACGGCGCUUGGAGCAGCGCACCGCGCGCGCUCUCCGACCGGCGCGGCCUCCGGUCACCAUCUCGCGUCGUCGCCGCCACGGCGACGGUUCGGUUCGGCGCUCGUCGUCGUCGCGCAGUUGGGAGCGGAGUGGUCCUCUGCCGCGCGUCUGGGGGCGGCGGCGAGUGGGAGCCCGCGGGCUCGCCGUGGGACGGCCGGAUGGUGGACGAGGGCAUGGCCGCGCUGCGGCGGCGCAUCCGCGAGGUGGAGGACGAGGAAGUGGAAGAGCCAGAGGAGGAGGAGGAGGAGGGCGGCGUGGACGUCUUCGUGCCCCCGGGCGAGUGGACGGAGCUGGAGCGGCGGCACCACGGGCUGUACGUCGCGGGCGUGCGCGAGGCGCUCGGCAUCCUGUUCGCGCUGCUGGUGCGCGCGCGGCCGGGGCUCGGCGCGGGGGUCGUGGCGCUGGUGCUGCUCAGCGUGCCGGCCACGGUGCUCCUCGUGUCCGCCGAGCUCGUCCGGGCUGUCCACUCCAUCUCCGCCGCCGUGCUCAGCGGCAGAAUGUAGGAUUGUACGUAUUUUCUGCCUUGUGCACGCCAUGCUUCUCCUUCUUCCCAAUUCCAGGGAAGAAUCAUUCGGGGAAGAAUCAGAUGAUGUAUAGUACUCCCUACAUAAAGAAAUAUAAGAGCAUUUAGAUCA